AGCAGAAACUAACCGAGACAGCCUGCGAGGGCUUGAUUGUCGGGGAGAGAGAGCUCGGGAGAGAGGACUCGGGACAAAGCGAGACGAGCGAGACGACACACACAGAGAGCUGUGUUGUGUAUUGUGCUUCUGGUCCCCGGGGCCUUGCUUCCCUCCCGCUCUUUCUCAUUCUUAUUCUUAUUCUCACUCUCAUUGUUGCUGCUUUUCUUCUAGAGCUUGCCUCUGGCCUCCCGUGACCUCUCCUUCCUCCUUGGCAUUGGUCCAUCUACUAUGUUCGCCGGCACCCUUCCAUUCUCCUCUUGAUUGCCUCUGCCUGCCAUGGCCUCCUCCGACCAUGAUCCUCUGCUUCUUGCUGCGUUCCGCGAUGUCUCCACUGCCUCCACCAAGCACCGCAUUGCUCUCUUUCUUAACCUCUCCCGCAAUCUGUCAGGAGAAACACUCAACAAGGACGCAGCAGAAGUAGUUGAUAUUAUUUUUUCAACACUCCCUCUUUACGAUGAUCGACAUUCACAGGCAGCUGUGGUGGAACUAAUCUCUAGAGGAUUGAAAGAGGCGUCUUUUGUGAAAGCGUUUGCUGGGGCUCUUGUCCAAACUAUAGAAAAGUCUCACAAGACCAGCAGUGAUGCUGUGCGCUUGAAGCUGUUGAGAUGGUCCUGCCUUCUCAUUAUGCAAGUGCCCACAUUGCUCUCUGCAAAGUCGGCUUUCGGCCGGCUUGCUCCUGCACAGGGUUUCUUGCUUGCAUCUCUUUAUCAAGCCUCGGUUCCAGUACGAAAAGCAGCUGGUCGCAUCUUCAAUCACUACUUAACGAAUGUGAGAGGUGCUUUCAAGUCCUACAUUGCUGAAGUGGAGAGCUUUCCCGUCGAAUGUAUAUAUGGUCUCAUGAAGGCUCUUCUUAUGUUUUGCACCAAGAACCAAUCUCUUCUAGAUUCACACAAGGCCUGGUUCUUGCAAUCGUAUUUAAAGCUGGUUUUUAAUUCAACGAGUAGGAAGCCUCCUAAAGUUUUGAGUGAAGCUUUUCAGCCACUGCUUGAGCGGUUAACACAUGACGAUUUUGGAAAGACUAUUUUGCCCAACGCAAUUAAGAUGUUGAAACGAAAUCCAGAGCUAGUGAUGGAAGCAUUUGGCCUUCUGUUGACAUAUACCAGCUUAGACCUUAGUCAAUACUCUGCGGAAAUAUUGCCAUCAAUCUUAGUUCAGGCUCGGCAUAGUGACGAAAACCGACGCAAAGAAUCUGUACAAUUAGUGAACCAGUUGGUGGUUCAUUCCAGUGACUUGGAUGCUAUUUCAACCAUGUUUCAGUCUGCUAAAUCUGUAUUAGCAGGUGCAGAAGGGAAGCUUGUGCAAGCAUAUCAAAGAGUUACAAUGGUCAACAUACUCCAAGUUUUGUCUAGUGUAGAUGGAGGAAAAGCUGUCGCAUCACUCGCGUCUACAUCAGCUGUAUACCUGAUGUCCCUCUACAAGGAUGAUGGAAAUGAAGAGGUACGAGUUGCAAUUUUACUGGCACUGGGUGCCUGGCUUUCGAGAGCUGGAUCUAGCUGCCCUGCAGGAUGCGUGAAGUUUUUCUGUCUGGGCCUCAAAGAGAAGGACACCCUCCGUCGAGCUCAUCUUCGGUGUCUGAGACUGGCAUUUCAGAACAGCGAUAUCUUGACUGAGAUGAUGGGGUUAACGGAGCCCUUGGUCCUGUUGAUAAAGUCCGGCGCCACAAAACCUGCCUUGCGAGUUGAUGCAAUCUACUCUUUGUUACUCGUGUCCAAGAUUGCGGCUGUUCAUACUAAAGCUAGUGACAUACUUGUGAAGGAGAAGAUAUGGGAUGUUUUGCUUGAUAAAAAUUCAACAUUUGUCACGUCAUCUCUGGUUGCAAAACUAUUGAUGGAUGAUUGUGUUAUUGUCGCUGAACUGAUUGAUGUUGUUCUCCUUCAACACUUGAGCAGGGUUGUGACUCAUCCUGAUGGGAUUACAGCUUUUUCCAAGCUUUUGGUCAACCUCUUGUGGCAUCCUGCAUUAAUUGUGCGGAAAGCUGCUGAAGGUGUUGUGCUCCAUGCACAGAAAGCAGAUGACUUAUUAUCUGAAUCACUUUUUGAUGCCUUCAGUGUGGAAGUUAGUGAAUUUGGAGGACAAUUUAUCCUUCUUAAGACUAGUGAUGCUGGAGAGUCUUCGGGAGGGGCAACCGUGAACAUUAUUCCAAAUUCUAACCUGCUAGCCAAGGCCUUAUUGAUCGUGUCAUCUACCUCAUUGGCUAAGAAACCUUCAAGUUGUGCAAAAUUACUACUUUUAUCUCUCAAUCCCUGUAUUGCAACUGGUCGUCACAAAGAUGUCAUUUGGAAAAUUGUGUGUAGGAAAAUGAAAAAACUUGGCCUGCAUUUAUCAAACGUUCUGGCGUCUGAUCCCUCUGCUGUCUGUGAGGUUCUUCUAGGAUCUUCAGGGUUAAUUAGCACAAAUUCAUCAGAUUCUCAAGCCGCUAUAUUUUCUCUUGAAACUGCCAUGAGGAUGCUACCUGACAAAUUUUUUCCAACUUUUCUCCAAGAAAUGGAUAUUCUUGGGGAUCGCAACCUUCACGAUUCUUUAUCUUCCCUAGAUAUAAAGAUAUUCAACACUGAGGAAGGGAUGCUGUCUACUGAGCUCGGUGUCUAUGUAGCAGAGGCUGUGAUGGACAAAAAUGUCCGAAGUGCACGGGGUCGGUUCAAGAUGUACGGAGAUGACGAGGACUCGUCGAAGCCUGUGCCAAUCUCUCGACAGAUUGAUAAUGGGAAGAAGGACACUACUAAGGCAAUAAAGAAACCAAAUGAUUCCGAUAAGUCCAAGUCCGCGAAAGAGGAAGCGCGGGAGAUUAAGCUUCAGGAAGAGUCUGUUGUGCGUGAAAAUGUGGAAGUAAUCAAGAGAAGACUUUCGUUGGUGCUGAAAGCCUUAGGAUCAGUUGCUACUGCGAAUCCAGCAAAGGCACACGAACAACUACCAGCCCUGGUUGAUCGUGUCUUUCCCUUGCUCAAUUCGCCUCUAGUUAGUAUGGAGGCGUAUCAGACUGUAGAAAAGCUAGCCAAUUCUGUAGCAGCUCCUAGGGACAUGGGUGCAGAUAUUGCGGCAUCCUUGCGAAUGGUUGCAACAAAUUCGGUUUUGCUAGGGUUGCAAAUAUCUGAUAAAGAGAAGAAUCAGAAACCAGGCGUGGUGGACAGAGUAAUCACAAGUCUAGUGCAAGCUUGUAAAAACGGACCACUUCCUCCUCCAUCAUUUAUCGUCCUCUAUCCAGUUUUGGAGCAAAUUAUGCUGGCGGAUGAAAAGACCAGGCUACAUGACGAUGUGCUUGCUGUGCUAACUCUUCAUUCAUCUCCACGAAUCCCCCUACCUCGUACACGAAUGUUAAAUGUUCUUUACCAUGUGUUGGGUUGUGUACCUUCAUAUCACUCUAAAAUCGUGGUUAUGCUGAAGGAGCUUUGUGAAGGAUUGGACCCUGACAAUUUAGCUGAGGCCCUUAACGGCUUGUACUCGGAGUUUGCUAUCGUUCGUAUUGCAUGUUUAAAUGCCGUGAAACAUGUACCUAUUCUUCGACAAAAAGAUGUUCCGAAAAAUUCUGCAGUUACUACUUUACUUUGGAUGGCCAUGUAUGACCCAGCCAAGUCCGUCAGAGAUGUGGCAGAAGGAGUUUGGUCUGAAUUUCCUGGCCUUGAGUUACACACGGAUUAUGCCAAAGGGUUGAUGACAGCCCUUGCACAUGUGAACGUAAAUGUGCGUCAAGCAGCAGCUGAGGCUCUUGCUGCAGCGAUGUACGAAUUUCCAGUCACAGUGCUGGAGACUUUAAGCUUAGCUUUCUCCUUGUAUACCAAUGAGCUACCCAACCCACGCAGUGAAGGUGAUAAAACUUGGUAUGGAAGGCAUGGAGUGGGACUGGCAUUGCAUGCAGCAGCAGAUGUCCUUACACAAAACGAUUUGCGUAUUGUCAUAACGUUUCUCAUAUCUCGAGGUUUGGCAGAUCCCAACCAGGAAGUUAGGUCAAAGAUGAUGCAGGCUGGGGUGGCUAUUAUAGAUAAACAAGGCAGAAAGAAUGUUGAACUUUUGCUCCCAAUCCUUGAGAAUUACUUGGAUAAGAAGGCAUCCGAUGAAGAACGCUAUGAUUUGGUGCGGGAAGGUGUUGUUAUCUAUAUGGGAGCACUUGCGAAACAUCUCACGCUUGAUGCCUCCAAAGUAUCUAAAAUAUUAGACAGACUGCUGGAAGUAUUGAACACACCGUCGGAAUCAGUGCAGCGUGCUGUAUCUGACUGCUUGCCACCGUUAAUGCCAUCUCAAAAGGAUAAUGCAUCAGCAUUGUUGUCAAAUCUUUUGCAUAAACUCAAGGCCUCAGACAAGUAUGGGGAGCGACGAGGAGCUGCAUUUGGUUUGGCUGGUGUCAUUAAGGGUCUUGGUCUUCCAAGCAUAAAGCGUUACAAAAUCAUGGAAGCUCUACGAGCAGGUGUUGAUGACAAGUCUUCUGCAAAAGCACGAGAAGGUGCGCUACUGGGUUUUGAAUGCCUGUGUGAGAAGCUGGGCCGCCUCUUUGAACCGUAUGUGAUCCAUAUAUUACCCGUCCUAUUGAUCUGCUUUUCGGAUCCUGUUAUUGCUGUACGAGAUGCAACGGAUGCUGCUGCCCGUGCUAUCAUGUCUCAACUUAGUGGUCCUGGCGUUAAGCUUGUCCUUCCUGCGUUGAUGAAGGGUCUAGAGGAUAAAGCAUGGCGUACAAAGCAAGGGAGUAUACAAGUUCUUGGCGCUAUGGCAUUUUGUGCACCUCGGCAACUUUCUCAAUGCUUGCCAACUAUUGUUCCCAAACUCAGUGAGGUGCUUACGGAUACACAUCCCAAAGUUCAAGCAGCCGCACAAACCGCCUUGCAACAGGUUGGCAGCGUCAUAAGGAAUCCCGAGAUAGCUGCUUUGGUGCCUACACUUUUAAUUUCAAUUGCUGAUCCAAAUGAGCAUACAAAAACAUCCCUAAACCUUCUUUUACAGACUACAUUUGUGAAUUCGGUGGAUGCGCCAUCUUUGGCAUUGCUCGUUCCAAUUGUGCAUCGUGGAUUGAGAGAGAGAAGUUCGGAGACAAAGAAAAAAGCUGCCCAAAUUGUUGGCAACAUGAGCUCUCUAGUAGCGGAACAUAAAGAUAUGCUUCCAUAUCUCACUUUGCUUCUUCCGGAAGUAAAAAAGGUUUUGGUCGAUCCUAUACCAGAAGUGAGAACGGUGGCAUCCAGAGCUUUGGGCUCAUUGAUCAAAGGCAUGGGAGAUGACAACUUCAAGGAUUUGGUGCCCUGGCUAUUGCAAACAUUGAAGUCAGAAACUAGCAGUGUUGAGAGAUCUGGAGCCGCUCAAGGAUUGAGUGAGGUUCUUGCAGCUUUAGGCACUGAAUACUUCGAGUCCCUACUACCUGAUAUUAUUUCUAAUUGUUCACAUCCGCGACCUGCUGUCAGGGAGGGUUAUCUUACACUUUUCAAGUAUCUGCCUGUGGCUCUUGGACCAGUUUUUCAGAGAUAUCUUCAGAGAGUGCUGCCAGCUAUUCUUGAUGGUCUCGCUGAUGAGAACGAAUCUGUGAGGGAUGCUGCUCUAAGUUCAGGGCACAUUCUCGUGGAGCACUAUGCAACAUCUUCUCUUCCACUCUUGCUUCCUGCUGUGGAGGAAGGGAUAUUUCAUGACAAUUGGCGUAUUCGUCAGAGCUCUGUUGAGCUUCUGGGUGACCUGCUUUUUAAGGUGGCGGGAACGUCUGGUAAAGUAGUGAUUGAUGGAGGCAGUGAUGAUGAGGGUGCCAGCACUGAGGCACAUGGGAGAGCUAUUGUUAACAUUUUAGGUGCGGAGCGCCGCAAUGAGGUGUUGGCUGCAGUAUAUAUGGUGCGAUCGGACGUCAGCCUUGCUGUUCGACAGGCAUCACUUCAUGUUUGGAAGACCGUGGUUGCUAACACACCAAAGACUUUGAAGGAGAUCAUGCCUGUUUUAAUGAGAACUCUAAUUGAUUCUCUUGCUUCAACCUCGAAUGAACGUCGACAGGUUGCUGGCCGGUCCCUUGGCGAGCUUGUCCGUAAACUAGGAGAAAGAGUGCUUCCGUCUAUAAUUCCUAUCUUGGCCAAAGGUCUUGAUGACCCAGUUGCUAGCACAAGACAGGGUGUUUGCAUGGGGCUAAGUGAGGUGAUGGGAAGCGCUGGCAAGCACCAGUUGGUGUCAUAUAUGAGCGAACUGAUACCUACCAUCCGCAAAGCACUGUGUGACAGAGAGUUGGUGGUCCGUGAGGCUGGAGGCUUAGCAUUCAGCACAUUGUUUAAGAGUGCAGGGAUGCAGGCGGUUGAUGAGAUUGUUCCCGCCCUCCUUCAUGCAUUGGAGGAUGAUGAGACGUCAACUACUGCCUUGGAUGGUCUGAAGCAGAUUCUAAGUGUAAGAACGGCUGCAGUACUUCCACAUAUUCUCCCAAAACUUGUGCAAGUUCCUUUAACGGCCUUUAAUGCUCAUGCCCUAGGAGCAUUGGCUGAAGUUGCAGGGCCUGGUUUGAAUGUCCAUCUAUCGACAUUGUUACCACCUCUAAUAGCAACGAUGGGAGGUGGCGAUGAGUCUAUUUCACUUCUGGCGAAGCGCGCAGCCGAAACAGUGGUGUUGGCAGUUGACGAAGAUGGUCUUGAAACUCUUGUUUCAGAACUUUCGCGAGGCUUGAGCGACAUAAUGCCUGCUGUGAGAAGAGGCUCUGCUUACCUUGUAGGCUUCUUGUUCAAGAAUACCAAACUUGGCAUUGAGGAGGAUGUACCCAACUUGCUUACUACCUUGGUGAUAAUGCUCACUGAUAAUGAUCAAAGUACAGUUCAGGCUGCUUGGGAAGCUCUCGGAAAUGUUAUUGGGACUCUCUCCAAGGAAACUUUGCCUUCCUUGUUGAAAACUAUCCGUGAUGCAGUUUCCAGUGCAAGAGACAAGGAGCGUCGUAAACGCAAGGGAGGACCUAUACUCAUCCCAGGUUUCUGUCUUCCUAAAGCUUUGCAGCCUGUAUUGCCAAUUUAUCUGCAGAGUCUUAUGAGUGGCUCAGCCGACAUGAGAGAGCAAGCGGCAGACGGACUAGGAGAAUUAAUUGAAGUUACAAGCGAGAGUUCCCUGAAAACUUUUGUUGUUUCAAUUACUGGUCCCUUGAUCCGAAUCAUAGGAGACAGGUUCCCAUGGCAAGUGAAGAGUUCUAUCCUGGGCACUCUUGGAGUACUGAUCAUAAAGGGUGGUCUAAGUUUGAAGCCUUUUCUCCCUCAAUUGCAAACAACAUUCCUCAAGUGUCUGCAAGACACUGCAAGGCCUGUGCGUUCAAGAGCAGCUUGGGCUUUGGGCAAGCUUAGCAAACUAAGUACGCGAGUUGAUCCACUCGUUGGCGACCUCCUUACUGGUCUGCAGGUUGCAGAAGGUGGGGUUAAGGAGGCAACUCUUGUAGCUCUAGAAGGAGUAGUGACUCAUGCUGGCAAAAGUGUGAGUGCGACUGUAAAUGCUCGCGUAUUAUCGACUCUUCAAGGUCUUCUUAACUCAGAGGAGGAUGUUGUGAGGACUUCUGCAGCAAAGAGUUUGGGCAUUGUUUCCCAGUAUGUGGGAGACGCAGAAUUUUCUCUCUUUCUACAUGUGAUAUGCACAGUUGCCCCUACCUCUACCUGGCAAAUGCGACAUGGCUGCACAAUGGCUUUGGCUUCUGUACUUCGGCAUGCCUCUCGCAACGUUUGUGGGUCUCAAGCCUUACUUACGCUAGUACUUGGGUAUUUGAAAACCAGGGCAAAGGAUGAUAAGGUUCCCGUUCGAGAAGCUGCAGCCCAAUCCAUAUCCAGGCUCUUAGUAUUCCAAGUCCAGGAGCGCUUGCCAGUGUCUUCUGGGGAAUCGCUGCCAUUUUUAUGCCUGCUACUGACGGACUCCUCCAGCGAUGUGCGUAGGCGAGCUCUAAGAUCUGUCAAAGCAUUGGCGAAGGUACACUUCGAAGGCUUGAUCCCAGCCGCUGGCCCUGGCGUGGGCGAGUGCCUACAGGAUAGUAGCGCUCCUGUUCGAUUGGCUGCAGAGCGUUGCGCAUUCCAUCUAUUCCAGCUCAGCCGAGGAGGUGAGAAUGUGCAAGCAGCCCAAAAGUACAUAACUGGGUUAGAUGCCCGUCGGAUUUCUAAGCAGCCGGAAGCGAGUGAUGACAGCGAGGACUCGGAAGCUGAAACGAUGGCAAGUUGACCACCUUUUUUUCAGACUGUUGUCUUGCAUCAGGAGGAUAUGCUCUAUUGUGGGUGUGGAGUAGUUGUUAUGUGAGAUUAUCUGAUACCAAAUGAGCCUAGUAGUGAGACUUCUUUACCUCCGGUAGCGACUUCUAUCAUCAAUUUUGUUUUCCGCA